UUCUUGGCACUACAUGGAAGCAUCUUUCACACAUUAAGAUACAUGGAACUCAUUGGCCAAACUGGCUUGGAUCUGUUUGGCAUGCCUGCUACAAAAAGGGCCCCCAGAAGUUGCUGUGCUGUGAAGCUCAUGGCUGCCAGGAGAGAAUCUUAUAUCUCCUCCUCUUCCUUGCUCUGUCUUCCUCACUAGAUAUAUAUCUAUCAUACAUACAUGCCAACCUGCUCAAUUUGCUUGCUUCUCAGCACAAACAGAGCUCCUGGUUCGGCUGGUAAAGUAUAACAGAGAGCUUCUUUGGGUGCCUUCCUUGCUCAGACAGCUCCACAGGGAAUUUUGGCUGCUGGAAAGCAUAUACAGAGAUAGGAGAUAGGCAUAAAAAAGGAGACUUGCAGCUACCAUUACCAAGAGAUGGAUAGAGAGCAGAUGAAGAUGGCUAUCCUGGAGCAAGAACAAACAUUCAGACAGCAGGUUCAUGAGAUGCACCGAGUUUACCAUGUUCAGAAGCAGCUGAUGAGGGAGAUGCAGACAGCAGGGCAGAACAGAGCUCACACCGAGAUGAAGCCUAAACUCGACGUCUGGUGCAACGAGAAGGCUACCAACCGUCAGCAAUUAUACAGCUUCACAAAGAGCAGCACCCCUGUCUCUGCAGAAGAAUGCAACCUUGAGCUAACUCUAGCAACUGGGAGCAGAAGUAGCAGUAGCAGCAGAAGCCAGAUGGGCAAGCAAGUAGUGAAGUCCUCAAACUCUGACUCUGGGACGGCGGUGUCAUCGACAUCGACAGAAUCCGAGCUGGCUCAGUUCAAAGAGUUUGCCCCGACCACGGUGAGGUUUCAGAGUGAUAGCAAGAGGUUUGCAGUUGCCGAUGAGACAAGUCAGUCUCCUUGGCUGCAUCAGUAUGUGAGCCUAAGGAUGGCAUGAUGACUGAUUUAGCUAGAAUUCGUGGUUGUAGAUUUCAGAGAAAAACAGAGAGACGUUGUUACAUGUACAUCACAGAGCUAAUUUGCUGCAACAAUUGGCAAUGGACAAGAGAUGGUUGUCUAACAAUCUUUGUUUUUUA